AUGGCCUCCUUUUUCUCCCUUUUCCCUUCUCUGGUCUUUCUCCUCCUUUGCUCCCAACAGUUGCUCCCCUGCGGUGCCUACCCAGCCAAACGCGGCCCCCAUCGACACCACCACCCUCCUCGCUUUGCCUCCCACAACUACAGAGAUGCCCUCACCAAAUCUAUCUUGUUUUUCGAGGGCCAAAGGUCGGGAAAAUUACCUCCUUCGCAAAGGGUCAGCUGGAGGAAAGACUCUGGCCUUUCAGAUGGAGCCGCUGUGCACGUGGAUUUAGUGGGAGGGUACUAUGAUGCAGGGGACAACGUGAAGUUCGGCUUCCCAAUGGCGUUCACAACCACAAUGCUUUCAUGGAGUGUGAUUGAGUUUGGUGGGCUUAUGAAAGGUGAACUGGGCCAUGCCAAGGAGGCCAUCCGUUGGGCCACCGACUAUCUUCUCAAGGCCACUGCUCAUCCAGACACCAUUUAUGUUCAGGUGGGAGAUGCUACGAAAGAUCAUGCCUGUUGGGAGAGGCCUGAGGACAUGGAUACCCCAAGGAGUGUCUUCAAGAUUGACAAGAAUACCCCUGGCACUGAGGUAGCUGCUGAAACAGCUGCAGCUCUUGCAGCUGCUUCUAUGGUCUUCAGAAAAAGUGAUACUACUUACUCCAAGCUCCUUGCCAGGAGGGCCAUUAGGGUGUUCCAGUUUGCUGAUAAGUACAGAGGUCCUUACAGUAAUGGCCUGAAACCAUUUGUUUGCCCAUAUUACUGCGAUUUUUCCGGUUACCAGGACGAGCUAUUGUGGGGUGCUGCUUGGUUACACAGAGCAACAAGAAAUCCAACUUAUCUAACCUACAUUCAAGCCAAUGGACAGACACUUGGAGCUGAUGAAUCUGAUUUUACAUUUGGAUGGGACAAUAAACAUGUUGGAGCCAGAAUCUUGCUUUCCAAGGCAUUUCUUGUCCAAAGUGUUCAGCCUCUCCACGAUUACAAGAGCCAUGCAGAUAGCUACAUUUGCUCUCUUAUCCCCGGGACCCCGUUCUCCACUGCUCAGUACACUCGAGGCGGGCUUUUGUUCAAGAUGAACGAUAGCAACAUGCAGUACGUGACUUCAACGUCUUUCUUGCUCGUGACCUAUGCCAAAUACCUCACCACCGCACGCACCACAGUCAAAUGUGGCGCGAACAUCAUCACGCCGAAGAAGCUAAGGGCAUUUGCCAAAAAACAGGCAAGCCAAUUUCUUAAUCAAUUUCCACCCAUAAAAUUUAAAUAUAUUUCUAUGAUCAAUUGUCUUGUGGACUACUUGCUAGGUGACAACCCCUUGAAGAUGUCCUUCAUGGUGGGCUACGGCCCACGGUAUCCCCAAAGGAUCCACCACAGGGGAUCCUCCCUCCCUUCCAUAUCAUCCCACCCCUCGAAAAUCCAGUGCUCGCCGGGCUUUGGCUUCUACAAAUCCCAAAGCCCGAAUCCCAAUCUCUUGAUCGGGGCUGUUGUCGGCGGGCCCGACCAGAAUGACCGUUUUCCGGAUCAACGGCCAGACUACGAGCAAUCCGAGCCGGCCACCUACAUAAACGCGCCACUUGUCGGAGCCCUGGCUUACCUGGCGCACUCGUUCGGCCAGCUCUAG